CGUCCACAGGCCUACAGCGCUCCUCUCUGCUCCUUCUGCUCCAUUAUUCCUCUGUUUUGUUUCAUCUGGGUCACCUCCCCCGUCCUCCCCCGUCCUCCUCGUCCUGUCCAGGUGACGCUGUCUCCUCCGUGUCCCUCAGCGUCAUGGACAGUCUGGAGAAGCAGCUCAUCUGUCCCAUCUGUCUGGAGAUGUUCACCAAGCCGGUGGUCAUCCUGCCCUGUCAGCACAACCUCUGCCGCAAGUGUGCCAACGACGUGUUCCAGGCGUCCAAUCCCUACCUGUCGACGAGGAGCGGCUCCACGGUGACGUCUGGUGGUCGUUUCCGCUGCCCGUCCUGCCGUCAUGAGGUGGUUCUGGAUCGCCACGGAGUGUACGGACUGCAGAGGAACCUGCUGGUGGAGAACAUCAUCGACAUGUACAAGCAGGAAAACACCAGCAGACCGGUCCCUGAGGUGAAGGCUGAGCAGCCGAUGUGUGAUCAGCAUGAGGAGGAGAAGAUCAAUAUCUACUGUGUGACCUGCAGCGUUCCCACCUGUUCUCUCUGUAAAGUGUUCGGAGCUCAUAAAGACUGUGAGGUCGCUCCACUGGACAGCGUCUUCAACUCACAGAAGGCCGAGCUCACUGACUGUAUCUCCAUGUUAGUCGGGAACAACGAGAGGAUUCAGGCCAUCAUCAGUCAGCUGGAGGAGACCUGCCAAGCCGUGGAUGAGAACGGACGCAGACAGAAGUCGAAGGUGUGCGAGACGUUUGACCACCUGUUCGCUCUGCUGGAGGAGAGGAAAGGUGAGCUGACUCUGAGGAUCAACUCCGAGCAGGAGGAGAAACUCGACUACAUCCGAGGUCUGAGGAGGAAGCACACCGAGCACCUGGAGAACGCCGCCAAGCUGCUGGAGACCGCCAUCCAGACCCUGGACGAGUCCGAGAUGGCCCUGUUCCUGCAGAGCAGCAAACCUCUGCUCCAGAAGAUCAUGGAGGGCACCAACACGUCUCACCUGGAUAACAUCCAACAUGGCUACGAGAAAAUGGAUCACUUCACAGCUAACGUUGACCGUCAGCGGAGAGCGCUCAUGAACAUCGACUUCAUCAAACUUGAUGAAGACGAUGAUGAUGAUGAAGAUGAAGUGACGGAGGUCAGAGGGACAACAGGAAGUCGAGUUGAGCUCGUUGCUGGGCUCUCAGCCAAUCAGAAUCCUCCUCUGUCUCCUGUUCAGCCUGCAGGUGUUCAGCUUUCAGCCCCGCCCCCUCAGAGACCCUCAGAGGCUCCGCCCACCACCUCACCAACAAAACCUCCCGCCCCCUCAUCAACCAACCAGGCCCCGCCCCCUCUACCCCUCCCCAGUGCAAGCCCCGCCCCUCAGGCUGAUCAGCAGAACGAGUCGGAGGACAAAGAUGGACCCAAACACGUCUUCUCCUUCAGCUGGCUCAACCAGAAGUAAACCGUCUGUAGUAAAGGAGGGAAUCUGACGCUAACGACGCUAACGACGCUAACGAGACGACGUCGGGACUGUUAAACAUGUUUUCUGUUAAAAUGUAAAAUAAAUUAUUGUUUUAUUAUGAAA